UGCAUGGCUCAGGCCCAUUUCCUCCGGCAACGCUGUGACGUUACCGGUGACGUCGUGGUUGAUCACGUGCUGUGCCGGUCAGCUGACUGCCUUCUUCCGGGUCCCCUGAUCCGUGUUUACUUCGGCGAGUCCUUCUUUAAUCCAGUGUCAAGCUGCCAUGAACGCCUCCGACAGCGAAGAUGACAUCUACACCGAAAGGUCGGCCUUGGUCCAGUCGGAGACUCCCGCGCUUCCGUCCUACAUACCAGACUCAGACCUCUCGCCCCCCAACGGCAUGCCAACCAAAAGAUUAAAGGCGGGGGUGAGCAGGAGUGCAGGUGCAGCUGCCGCAGACGGUGCCAGCGGCGGUGGCUCAGAUCAGGAGGUGGAAGCGGAGGAAGAAGAGCUGACCCUGAAGUAUGGAGCCAAGCACGUCAUCAUGCUUUUCAUCCCCGUCACCCUGUGCAUGGUCGUCGUGGUCGCCACCAUUAAGUCUGUGAGCUUCUACACGGAGAAGACCAACCAGCAGCUGAUCUACACGCCGUUCACAGAGAACACCUCGUCUGUCGGCCGCCGGCUCCUCAACUCCGUCCUGAACACCAUCAUCAUGAUCAGCGUCAUCGUGGUCAUGACCAUCUUCCUGGUCAUCCUCUACAAGUAUCGCUGCUAUAAGUUCAUCCACGGCUGGCUCAUCCUGUCCUCCCUCAUGCUGCUCUUCUGGUUCAGCUUCAUGUACCUGGGAGAGGUGUUUAAGACGUACAACCUGGCGAUGGACUACCCGACGGUGGGGGUGAUCAUCUGGAACUUUGGGGCGGUGGGGAUGAUCUGUAUCCACUGGAAGGGCCCCCUCCAGCUGCAGCAGGCCUACCUGAUCCUCAUCAGUGCCCUCAUGGCUCUCGUAUUCAUCAAAUACCUGCCCGAGUGGUCGGCCUGGGUCAUCUUGGGAGCCAUCUCCAUCUAUGAUCUUGUGGCCGUCCUGAGUCCGAAGGGUCCCCUCAGGAUGUUGGUGGAAACGGCUCAGGAACGGAACGAGCCCAUCUUCCCCGCCCUCAUCUACUCCUCCGCCAUGGUGUGGACAGUGGGGAUGGCGAGCCCGGAUGACGCUCACCACUCUGAACCAGAUGAAGAGGCGGAGCAGAGCGAUGGGAGGGCGGAGUCUCACAGCCGACAUUCAAGGUUGCUUCCAGAAGACGACACGGAGGAGGACAGAGGAGUGAAGCUGGGCCUUGGAGAUUUCAUCUUCUACAGCGUCCUGGUUGGAAAAGCUGCGGCAACCGGCGGCGAUUGGAACACGACGCUCGCCUGCUUCGUUGCUAUUCUUAUUGGUCUGUGCCUCACUCUGCUGCUGCUGGCCAUCUUUAAGAAAGCUCUGCCGGCGCUGCCCAUCUCCAUCACCUUCGGCCUCGUCUUCUACUUCUCCACAGACUUCCUGGUUCAGCCCUUCAUGGACAACCUGGCCGCUCACCAGUUUUACAUCUGAGACGAAGCUCCGCCCACCUCACCUUCCUCCCUGUUUACGUCUUUGUUAUCCGUCUCCUCGUUCUCCUACUGGACUGCUGCCUUUUUGUUGAUGUAACGCACAAAGAUUGUUUCCUGCGCUGAUCCUCAAACCACAGGAAGGGAUGUAAGAGAUUGCAGAAGCUGGGCGUGGCUGUUAACUGGUUGUUUCUUCUCAGGUGUGUUUCUAAAUCGGCUCGCCUGCUGACAGAUAACUUAUAGGAAAACUCGACCUUAAACCCUGUGUGUAGAGUUUUUGUCAUGUCCCUGUCAUUAUUCUCUGAUUUAAGCUCAUUGCUGUUCUGACCUUAGGAAACAGGUGGUACAUCUGAGUGGGUCAUGUGACCUGACAUUGUUACCUGACAGACGAGCUCACCUCGUGUGACGCGCUUCAGGGCAGUGACACGGAGCCGCAGAGAGUUUGGUAUUAAAAACACAAAAACGCACAAAGCUUCUUUCAGCUGCUCCCUGGAUCGCCACAGCGGGUCGCUCCGCACGCUUGAUUUGGAGGCGAAGCUGCUCCUAACUCCCUGAUUGGAUGUUUCCUGCUGACAUGCACCUUAGGAGUUGUAGUUUAUUUCUAAGCUUCAGCUUUUAUCCAAAAUGAUCUGUAUUUAUAUGAUCCAGGAGAAAAAGAAAAAAAGAAUGACAUGAAAUGAAUCCAGGGGGUGAUAAAAGUCUGCAAACAGGAUUUUACUUUCAUGUCAUUCAUUGCGCGUUUUUAUUGAUUAAUAUUUGACUCUUUGGGCCUCCGUAAGUCACCAGUACAAUGAAUUUCUUUCUUUUUAGACACUAAAACAUGUAAAAAUGUUUCAUCCAAAUAUACAAUUAACUUAUGAUUAACAGGGAUUUUCUCCAAACACACAGCAGUAAUUUAGAGCUGCAGUGAUUCAUUUUUUUAGCAUUAAUAAUGUCUCAGAUGUGAUUAUCAUGGCGCUUCGUUUAGGGAGAUGAAUGCAGUGUCCAGAGUUCAGGAGGAUGUUUCAUAUCUGGAUAAACUGACAUAAAUAAAUCCGGAGUUGUAGGAAAAAGUUCAGAAGCUGCCUGAGAACCUGACUGUAGAUUACACACUGCACACACCUGUUCUGGCUUUUUAUUGGUCAGCUGAGUGAUGGACCAAAGCAGAACCACGAGGACGGGUGGAAACAGUAAAGUUCACACUGUUAACCUCUUUUUAAUUAAAGCUACAACGAUUCUGCUCA